AUGCCAACCCCCGUUGAAGGCUGGACGGGGGGAGGAAAGGAAGGAGGACUGGGGAAUGAGGGAGAGGGCGGAGGAGAGAGGGAAGAGAAGGAUGGAGGCGGGGACGAGAGGGUGGAGAAGGCGAGCACUGGGGACGGCAAUGGGUGUGCUGUUGGCAGCAAUUUCCUGUCAACGGUGAGGGUGGUGAGGGAGUGUGAGGAGUGUGGAGGGAGAGAGAGUGGAGAAGAGGAGUUCCUCUGUCUCUCACUCCCCAUCCCCUCCUCCUACCCCUCCUACCCUGCCUGCCCUGCUCCUAACUCUACCACUGCUGCAUCUGCAGUUGCUGCUGCUCCUGCUCGCUCUAUUGCUACAGCUCGUAGCAGUGGGGGUAGCAGAGGCAGUGAUACCGAUCCCAGUGCUGCUGGCGCCUCGCUCACUCACCAUCCUCUCUCAGCACUGCUGCAACACUUCUUCCAGGAGCCCACUGCCUCCCGUGGCAACCCCCAAGGCAGCACCACCAUCCCACCGCCUCCAUCGUGCCAGCCACUUGCCGCUCCGUCCCCUUCGAUUGCUCAACACACACGCCCCCUCGCAUCCCGCCCUCCUCGUAACCCUUCCCCUCCAUUCCCUCAAGAGAACCCAUUUUCCGUGCCAAGAGCGACAGCUCCGCCCUCUGCUCCGUCUGGGAUGGCGCCUCAUGCUACAACCGACCCUGCCUCCUCUCGCUCCCCCUCCUCUCCUCUUGUGCCGGCUGCUGGUGCUCCGUCGGUCAACCCCUUCUCCCUGGCGAAGGCUGCAGGCAGGCCGGUGGUGUUGAAGGAGGUGGCACCUAAGGGGGUGGUGUGUGGGCUCAAGGGUGGCGGCAGGCUGAUCACACGUGUGAGUAUGGUGGGUGGAGAUGCAGAGGGAAUGGACACUGGGGAGAGCGUGGAGGGGCAGCUGGCUGACAGAAGAAACAUGAAGCUUGAGGGGAGGGAGGCAGAGCACAUUGCGGGGCAAUGGGAGGAGGGCGAGGCUAGGGAGUGUGGGGAGGUGGAGGAGGAUUGGGCAGAGCUGCUGGAAGGGGCAGCUGGUGUGCUUGGGGAGGAUGCAGGUGAUGCAGGCGAUGACAGUCCUGUGAGCGUCAUGGUGGAUGGUGGCAAGGAGAGCAGCAGCGGUGUGGGUGGUGGUGGUGGCAUGGAGGAAACGGAGGCCAGCAGGGGGCGGUAUGAGUGCAGGAAGAAUGUGGACCGGGUCGAGAUUGCCACGACACUUGACGUGGGUCCCUUUUGCGCACCAGCAAUGCACGAGACUAUCUCUCAAGGAGAAAAGCGACGUGAUAGCUCCGUAUUCGCUCUGCGGGCCGUGGUGCGACACACGGGGACCUCUGUGGCGCACGGUCACUACAUAGCUGACGUGGCGGAUGACAGCCUGUCACCGCCUGGUUGGACGCAGCUCGAUGAUGGCGUUGUGAUCAGAAACGUGAGUUCUUCGGACAACGUUGACAGCGAUCUUGUGUGGACGCACGUUGCUGCAAUAGCAAUUAUUCUCCCCCUCGCACCAGGCUAUUCUUGCCUACCCCAAAACCCAGCAUGCGUGCUCACGCUCGUGCCUCUCCUUGCGCAAAACUUCUCUUUCUUCGAAUCCAACCUGCAGGUACCAGAGGCUGAUGUUACUGCCUCUCAAUCCCAGAAAGAAGCCUAUAUGCUCUUCUAUGUACAAAUGGAUUCAUGA